AUGAGACCGGUAUUUUCGACAUGGCUUGUCAGCGCUCUGUGCUUGACAGCACACCUGGGGUCGGCACUACAACUUGAUAUCACUAGUCCGGACUCGAUCAGGUCAACUGCGAGUGUGGUCGCGUACGACAUGAUGUCUUACUAUACUGGAAACCGUACUGGAGACGUUCCUGGAAACCUGCCAGCUCCGUACUACUGGUGGGAAGCAGGCGCCAUGUUUGGCGAGAUGAUUGAAUAUUGGUACUACACUGGUGACGCCACAUACAACGAUGAAGUCAAGCAGGCUUUGUUGCACCAAGUCGGAGACGACAAUGACUACAUGCCAAGGAAUCAGUCAAAAUCACUUGGUAACGACGAUCAAGUCUUCUGGGCAUUCAGUGCCAUGACAGCAGCCGAGCUAAAAUUCGAGGAUCCGGGAACUGGUGAGCCGUCGUGGCUGGCACUCGCGCAGGCUGUAUUCAACGAGCAGGCAUCAAGAUGGGACACGGGAACAUGCGGAGGAGGCUUGCGCUGGCAGAUCUUCACCUUCAAUGCUGGGUACGACUACAAGAACGCCGUCUCCAAUGGAGGCUUCUACCAGCUGGCUGCACGCCUGGCGCGUUACACGCAGAACCAAACAUAUGUCGAUUGGGCAGACAAGACAUGGGAGUGGUAUGCCGGAACACCACUGCUUAACACGCAGACAUGGCAGAUCAACGACGGAUCCAGUACCCAGAAGAAUUGCUCGGAUGCCAGUCAGCUGCAGUGGACAUACAACUAUGGUGUUUUCAUUGCUGGAAGUGCAUACCUCUACAACUAUACUGGCGAAGCAAAGUAUAUGGAUCGCAUCGAAGGUCUUCUCAACGCCACACUAGAAAGGUUCUUCCCUCAGAACAUGGGCGGAGUUAUGGUUGAAAUCACCUGUGAACCGCUAGGCAACUGCAACAACGAUCAGCCAGCAUUCAAGGCAUUCCUCACCCGAUGGCUUGUAGUAACAGCACAAUUGGUUCCAGAGCUUUACGAACGCAUCUUCACGUACUUGCGCAAGGACGCAACAGGUGCGGCCGGGCAGUGCUCAGGAGGUGCCCUAGGAAGACAUUGCGGGCGUGAAUGGAAUACGACAACGUGGGAUGGGACGUCAGGAGUAGGUGAACAGAUGUCUGCUCUUGCAGCAAUUCAAGCUAUGAUGAUGGACACGACGGAAUUGGCAGCACCUGUGGGAGCGACGACGGGAGGAACGAGUAAGGGCGAUCCCAGUGCAGGUACAGGCAGCAGUGGCACGACGGGCAGCAACGGCAUGCCUGCGAUCAACACGGACAAGAUCACGACUGGUGACAAGGCUGGAGCGGGAAUCUUGACAGCAGUGGCGCUGCUAUGCACAAUAGUCACAGGAGGAAGCUUGGUUCUGGAAUAA